UAACUCCAGAGUUGGCCUACAAAAAUACGUAAUCACUGUGCGUUAGCCUUUUCAUCUUCUUAAAUUGACCCUGAAAAUAUGGCGGCUUCCUUCGUUCGUCUUCUCUGUGGAGGGCUGAGCAGGAGUUUUAAGUCUGCCUAUUGGAAUACUGUUCUGCAAGCAAGGUUGGAGUCUACUUCGACUGACCCCAGACCCACAGUCAGGCCCAAGGAUGCAGUUACACUAGACCAACUCUCUGCUUUUGGAGGGUAUGUUGCGGAGAUGCUCCCCAAGUAUGUGCAGCAAGUCCAGGUGACUUGUUUCAAUGAGCUGGAGGUAAUGAUACAGCCUGAAGGGGUCAUUCCUGUGCUCACAUUCCUGCGCGAUCACACCAAUGCCCAGUUCAGGAACAUGACAGACCUCACUGCAGUGGAUAUCCCAACACGCCACAAUCGUUUUGAGAUAGUGUACAACCUGCUAUCACUUCGCUACAACUCCCGGGUCCGAGUGAAGACUUACACCGAUGAACUGACCCCUGUGGACUCCUCUGUCUCCAUCCAUCAGGCAGCCAACUGGUAUGAGAGGGAGGUGUGGGACAUGUAUGGAGUUUUCUUUGCAAACCAUCCAGAUUUGAGGAGGAUCCUCACUGAUUAUGGGUUUGAAGGGCAUCCAUUCAGAAAGGAUUUCCCUCUGUCAGGAUAUGUGGAGGUGCGUUAUGAUGAUGAGGUGAAGAGGGUGGUGGCUGAGCCUGUGGAACUGUCUCAGGAGUUCCGCAAAUUUGACCUGAACAGCCCUUGGGAGGUUUUCCCGGCCCACCGCCAGCCCAAGGACAGUCCCAAGCUGGAGACCGGAAAUCAGAUGCAAUAGAUGGUGUUGACUUAAUAGCCCCAAUGUCUGACAUUGUCCUGUUUUCCAUUUCCAUUAACAUCAUUACUAAGAUAGUAAUGAUCACAGUUCAGUAAAUGUGUAAAUAAAGUUUAACAUCAAAAACGGCUUCUUUUUAUUUCUGAUAAAUAAUCUGCAGGGGGGUUUUCAGUUGCAUUUUUUUCUCCAAUACAUGGCCAAAUGCAAGUGAACACCCGAGAUCCAACAUUAUGGGCUUUAAUAUAGGGUUGGCCCACCAUUUGCUGCUAGAUGUUCGAGCAUUGCUACAGGGAUUUGUGUUCAUUUAGCCAGAAGAGCAUGAGUGAGGUCGGGCAGUUGGCUUUCCAGUUGAUCCCAAUGGUGUUGGAUGGGGUUGAGGUCAGGGCUCUGUGCAGGUCAGUCAAGUUCUUCUGCACUGAUAACAACAAAACCAGAGAUAAUGCAGGGAAUAUGCUCCACUACACUGUUGAAGCUGAGGAACAAUUCUUAUUCUAGCAUUAGAAAUAAAUGUUAUGUAACUGAGGAACUAGCUCUUAAAGUGCAUUGAUGAAUGCCUGAAAUCCAUUCUGAAUGUGUUAUUUAUUGAGCAAAGCUGUUAGUUACAAUAGUUACUGUGCAGAUUCUUUACUAUUACUGACAUUUCGCUCACUUGUCAUGAUAAUGAUUUUAUGGAGGAUAUAUUAACAUAUAUUAACACUGCUGCCUCUGACUAAAAAUUUGGCUUAUUAUAUUUUAAAAGAUUAUAUUUUAUCUAUAAUAAUUUUAUCUUCAUUUUUUAAGAUUUACCAAAUUUUAAAUAAUUUUAUUCUGUGUGGAGGUUGUAAACUGGCAGUUAAAAUUGCCGAGUUGGUCACUAGCUGACCAGUUCGAGAUGCCAGCUGAAAAUUGAUCCAUUUUUUUUUAUUUUUGAAAAAAGCUUAUGACUGGUCAUGAGCAUUCACUGUAUGGUACUAAUCAAUGGAAUGGGAGGUUUAGGGUGUGCAUGUGAAAAGCAGAAAAUAGUGGGGAGGGGUAAUUACGCAGGCUGGGAAAUAGGAAGAGAAAAAUAAGUGAAUUACAUUUAUUUUAAAAAGAAAAGCGGGAAAGAGAAAAAAGGUAUUGAUUGGCCAUAAGGGUGAAAGACCAUUUAUAAUUAUUUUAUAAAUUAUAAUUAUAUUAUUAUAAUUAUAAUUAUUUUUCAUUUUUGCUAUGGGGGAGUGGUGGGUUGUGGAGAACCGUACCUGCUCACAGUGCCUACAGGUCGAGUAACUGUUACCUGCCUUAGGUUGCCCCAGAAUAUACUGGAGUGAUCUUGCCUGUCUUUGGGUACAUUCUCAGAAAUAAAGGUACAAUGGAGGUACAUUAUUGUUUAAUCAAUCAAAUAAUCAAUUUUUUCAGUUAAUCAUCUGUUAUGUACAUAGAUAUUUAAUACACCUUGGUGCAAUGCAAAUUGCUUCACAGUCAAUUCAACAGAUACAUUUAGAAGAUAGAUACCUUAAACAAAUAGGCAAUGAAAUAAGAUCUGUAAAAUAAUAUAAAAAUAUUAAAUUAAGAAAAUAAAAUAGUAAGAUAUUUUAAACAGGACCAGUAAAAAUUCAUGUAAACACAAUGCUAAAAAGAUGUCGAGUUCCUUUUAAGGACUGAACAGUUCAACUGAACAGAUCUAAGGACUGAACAGUUCAAAAAGCUAAAGCUAGACACUAAAUGAUGCCCUGCCAAAGGUCUGAGUCCUGUAUCAGUUCAGGCCAAAAGUUCACAUACACCUGACUAAAGAAAUUAAAAUUCAAUUUUUCACAACUCUCCAUUGUGGCCAAACAGUUCAUAAAACCAGUUUAAAAAGCCAAAAUAAAGUUUGCAGGUGAUCACCAGCCUUUUGUAUUGUUCUCUGGUCAGAUGAAAAAAUUGAACUGUUUGGCCAUAAUAAUCAGUGCUAUAUAUGAUGAAAAAAGAGCUCACGCCCAACUGUGAAGCAUGGGGGUGGCAGCAUCAGGCUGUGGAAGUUUUCCAGUUUUACUGGAAAAGGGACCGGCGCACUUCAGAAAAUAGAUGGCAUCUUGAGGAAGGAGGAUUAUCUAGAAAUACUGAAGCAACACCUCAAGACAUCAGCGAGAAAAUUAAAACUGGGUAGGACAAUGAUCAAUCAAUCAAUCAAUUUUAUUUGUAUAGCGCUUUGAACAAAGGAGCUGUGUCACAAAGCAGCUUUACAGAGAACCGGUCCCCAAAGAGUAAGCCUUAGAGCAACAGAGGCAAGGAAAAACUCCAUGUGAUAACAGGAAGAAACUUUGAGUAGAACCAGACUCAGCAUCUGCCACGGUUUGUUAUGGAAAUGGCUUACAUGACCUCGUAAAUUACUUACGUUUUAUCUGGCUGAUUAAGUAGAAUUAGCCAAAUAAAUACGGUGCUCACCAUGGGUGAGUGCAUCCAAAUAGCCUAAACUCAAAACAGUCAAUGGAAAUCUGAUCAAUGAUCCUUAGUAUACCCCCAAAGUUGUAACAAAAUGGCUUAAAGAAAACAAAGUUGAAGUAUUGGAAUGGCCAUCACAAAGCCCUGACCUGAAUCCCAUAGAAAGUUUGUGGACUGAACUGAAAAAGCAUGUCCAAGCAAGGAGGCCCUCUGAGUUACAGGACAAUUCUGUCAGGAGGAAUGGGCAAACAUUCUGGCAAAGUAUUGUGAGAGGCCUACCCCAAGCGUUUGGAAUCAACUUAAGCAAUUAAACCACAUAUAAGCUUAA